CGACGGCAGCAGGGAGGGAGGAGAGCAGUCGCGCUGUCUGUGGAGGACCGAAUAUGCAUGACUGCUUUGAGACCAAACUGAGCUGAAUCUAUCCCCCUCUUUUUGCAAGAGAGGUGCGCGUGCUCUGAUUAAGGUUUCUUCAAUAAAGCCUUUCAGCAUGUCUGAACAUGACUGCCACUUAAGAAGGGGAAUAUUCAAGCUAUUAAGCUUAUCCGGAGUAAACAUGACAAUUUAUGGCAGUGCUUUUCCCUCAACUUGACAUUCUGCCAAGGGAACUUGACAAAGGCCAUGUGACUGGCAAGGAGAUGGCAGGAGCUGCUGUUGCCAAGGCGGAAAAAAAAAACCUCAAAGACCAGUUUAUGUUGUAGGAAAUGCUUUUAACUACUAAAUAAGAAAAAAAGAAGAGCAAGGUGGAGUUUUGAAGCUGAACCAACACAUGAAGAUGGUUCCUGCUGAGAACAUGAGCGUCUCCUCUGCAGCUGAUCCCUGCAUGAACUGCAGCUCCGCCGCCUUCCCCGAGCUGGAUGUUGCCAAGGCUGUUUUGUUGGGGACGCUCCUGGUGGUGUUUGUUGUGUUCGGAGUCCUUGGGAACAUCCUGGUCAUCCUGUCGGUCUUGUUCCACCACCACUGGCGCUCCGUGACUCAUUACUUCAUCGCCAACCUGGCCGCCGCAGACUUGCUGCUUAGCUCCGCCGUUCUGCCUUUCUCCGCCACGUCGGAGGCUCUGGGCAGGUGGGUGUUUGGCCGCUCUUUCUGCAGCGUGUGGGCCGCCCUGGACGUCCUCUGCUGCACCGCCUCCAUCCUCAGUCUGUGCGUGAUCUCGAUCGACCGCUACUUAGCUGUCAGCUACCCUCUGAGAUACCCUGCCAUGGCGACUGGACGGCGAGGCCUGACUGCGGUAGCCGCUCUCUGGGGACUCUCAGCAGCGAUAUCAGUGGGGCCUCUGUUCGGCUGGAAGGAGCCCGAUCCAGACGACGAGACAGUGUGCCGGAUAACAGAGGAGCCCGGCUAUGCUUUGUUCUCAGCUCUAGGAUCGUUCUACAUACCCCUGGCCAUCAUCCUGGCCAUGUACUGCCGUGUGUACAUUGUGGCAAAGAGAGAGACAAAGACCCUCAGGAAGGGCAGUGAGGGCGGAGGGGUGGAGACAGAGGGGGUGACACUGAGGAUACACAGAGGACACGCUGCUCUGUCAGAGAAACAGGACGAUGAAGAGGGGAAAAAGAAGCAUAAACACUCCACGUUCUCCCUGCCGAGGAUGCUGAAGUUCUCAAGAGAAGAGAAGGCAGCCAAGACUCUGGGCAUUGUUGUCGGCUGCUUCAUUCUGUGCUGGCUCCCUUUUUUUCUGGUUUUACCCAUCGGAUCCAUCUUCCCAUCGUGUAAGCCUUCUGACACUAUCUUUAAGAUAACCUUCUGGCUGGGUUACCUCAACAGCUGCAUUAACCCCAUUAUAUACCCCUGCUUCAGCCAGGAGUUCAAGAAAGCCUUUCACAACGUGUUGCUAGGUCGCUGCAUGAGGACGGGGGGAUUAGCUGCCAAACCACAAGGACACAUUACCGCCCAUUCAUCCAGCCCGGGUCCCACGUCCAACACCUCUGUUCUCUCAACCCAAAGCCGUAUCUCUGACUCCUCAUGGGGUUGUUGCAGGGUACUUUCUACCUCAUCGCCUUCCCUUGAUGCGGAUCAGGCUCAGAGGACACAAAUCCAAAGGAAGAGUCUGCUGAAGGCGUGGUGUUUGUCAGCGAAUCGAACAUCGAUACCACAGAACCCCUCCAGUCAUGGAUCAGCUAAGGUCUUACGCCUCUCUCUUGGCGUUCCAGGAGAAGCUGUUUGAUUGGCAUGUUAAGGCAGAAAGAGGAUGUUUUACUUUCACCAGACUUGAACUUUAGCUAUGCCUCGGGGAAAGACUUAAGCUCAACUGUUGCACAUGUAUUUAUUUCCCCCAGGGGCAAGGCUAGCUGAUAGUGACUUGCCUCCGAAGAUGCAGACGAUAACUCUGCUGCCUUAAGGCUUUAUGUCAGGGUAAAUGCCUCGAAUGUCAAAAAAAACUUUUAUGUUCUCUCAAUGGCCUCAC